AGAACGUUGGCGAUGGGUGGAGACGAUAUAAAAGGAAGAGCUCAGAGUUCAACAAGCACAGGAGGAGUCAUGUUCAAGCAUGAAAGAGGAACAGACUAAAUUUGCUGUUGAUCAUGGAUGAUUUUGUCCGUAACAAAUUAACUGAGUGGGGCCUCAGUGAAUAUAUCCAAACAUUCAAAGAUGAAGGCAUUGAUGAGGAAAGUUUUUACUGCCUUGAUUUUCGAGACAUUGAUAACUUGAUAUCAAAAGUGGGAAGAAGGGCAAUAUUCAAGAAAAGACUCAUGUUGUUAAAGGGAGAAGAAAACACAACAUACCAGGAAUCAAUUGACUCUCGUCCUCAGUUUCAACAAGAAAAUGAAGAAGCAGCUGGAUCAGAUCAGGUUUUGCCGUUCACCAGUGUCACAAAGGAUAAAGGAAAGAGAAAGCUGGAUCUUCAGGGCGAGUCCAGCAAAUGGCUUUCACCACCUAAUAAACGUCAACAUGUCGGGGGACUGGUGUCAUACACAGAAGAAAUCAUAUUAUCUGGUGUGAAAAGCAUCAUGAGGGUUGUCCAACAGAGGCUACCUAACCAAGACAGCAACAUCAUUAGGUUCCUUAGGAAUAAAAUCAGUGACUUGGACACAGACAAGAGGGUCCUGGUUGGUGUCUUUGGUAAAACUGGGGCUGGAAAGAGCUCUUUGAUAAAUGCUGUCAUUGGAGAGAAGAACCUUCUGCCUUCAGGAAGCAUCAGUGCAUGUACCUCAGUCAUGAUUAAAGUGGAGGCCAACAUGAAGAGUCCAAAGUACGAGGCGGACAUUGAGUUCAUCACAAAAGAGGAGUGGAAAGACGAGUUGUGGUCCUUGUUAAAUUUCCUUGGGGAUAAUGCAGAUCAGGGAAAUGAUCAGGAAGAAGAGGAAGAUUAUCGUGACAUUGAUGAAAAGCUGUCAGCAGUGUAUGGAGAGGAAUGGAGAAACAAAUCCCAUGAAGACCUCAUGGAUAACAAAUACUUCAAAGAAAUUCCAGAAUUUGUCAAAUCCAGGAGGAAGAUUUUGACAUGUGAAUCAGCUAAAGAGCUGUCUGCAAAAUGUGUUAAAUACACAAAAAAUGACUCUAAAGACGAAGACGGUAAAGACAGAAAGAGAUGGUAUUGGCCACUAGUGAAGUGUGUGACUGUCAGGGUGCCUAAGAAUCAUCUUCUCCAGCAUGUCACAAUUGUGGAUCUUCCUGGAACUGGUGACCGCAACAAGAGCAGAGAUGAAAUGUGGAAAUCGGUUGUUGGAAGUUGUUCCACUGUGUGGAUUGUGACUGAACUUAAUCGAGCAGCAGCAGAGAAAGAAACCUGGGAGAUCCUGAAAAGUGCCAGCAGCAUCAUGGGAAAUGGUGGAGAGUGUCAGCAGAUUCAUUUUAUCUGCACCAAGUCGGAUCAUGUUGAAGAUUCAGAUGAUCAUUCAGCAGCUGGUGUCCGUGCACUCAUAUUUAAAAAAAACAUGGAAGCCAAGGAAGAAGUGAACAAAGAAUUCAAAAAACUAAACAAGGUUAAGAAACAUUUCAGUGAUGACUGUUUCAAAGUGUUCACAGUGAGCUCCAAAGAGUUUCUCAAGAGAAAACAUCUAGAACCAAAUGAAACUGAAAUACCCAAACUCCAGGAAUUUCUGCAAGAUCUCAAUGACUGUCACUCAGAGACAUUAAACUAUGUGUCUGGAGCUUAUGGGAUUCUCUCUUUGAUUCAAGGGGCCCGCAGCAGAGACAUGGCUGGCAGUACAGCAGAUGUGUGCAAAGACCUUGAAGAAAAAAUAAGUCAUGAACUUGAAAAAGUCAGAAGACCCAUUGAAGAGGCUUACAUGACUUUUGAAAAAUGCCUGAGUGAGGGGGUUGAAAAAUCAGAAAGCUCAUGUGACAAAGUCUUAAAGUCCAUCUUACAACCUAGAGGAGUAUCAGGUUGUGCUUUUCACAAGACAUUGAAGUGUGUGGUUGAGAACGGUGGUGUCCACAAACCAAAAAAAAAGAAACCAAUAAACCUCAAUGUCAAGUUAGCUUCAUACCUGACUGACAGCAUUGAUGAGGAAUUCAAGAAGACCUUCCCGAGUGAGAGAAAACGUGGAGCAUUCAAUGGGGUCAUCAAUACUUUUUCCCUUGACACGGAGGAGCUGAUUCAGAAGUACAAAGAUGUGGAACUGCAACUGAUAUUUCUCAAGACAGAGGAAGAAAAAAUUAAGAAUGUACUCAACAAAACCAUCCGGGAGUACAAGAAAACAGUCUACAAGAGUCUGACAACAACAAUCGAGGAAAGCAUGCAGGACUGCUAUCAACAAGCAGCAGGAUUUAGAGGAAAGGACUCACUGAAAAAUAUGAGGGACACUAUCAAGCAGCAUGUACAUUCUUUAAAAAACAGCAUGUUUGAGCAGGCUAAAGAUACAAUGCUGGGCCAGCUGAGAAGCUUGAAGGUGUUCAUCCUCAAAGCACUGGAGGAAACAAUGCAGAAAUCAAUCGAGCUGUCACUCAAGACAGAUGAUUACUCACUCCCAGAUUUCAAAGUGGAACUUGCAGAGGUGAAAAAACAUUAUGAUUACUUGAAGAAAACCCAAGAAGAAGAAACACCACAGAUUUGUUUUGCUCAGCAGGGAGAAGCAGCAGACGCCCCAACUAUCAACUAAAGGUCCCUGCAGACCUGCUGCAUAGAGACAGGAGGCCUCUGAGAUUUGGCCUCAACCAUUUAUGUCAAGUUGUUAUCCCUGUUCCCUUUGAGGGUUGUAUGUUGAGUUUGCUUGUGUCGUAUAAACGACUUCCCCUUUCUUCAUUGGUUCAAAAGAUUUCAAAGAUCAAAAAGUCACCAGUCUUCAAGGCUGAGUGCAAUAGAACUUUAUUUGCCGGCAAAAAAGAACGGGAUCAGACACAGGCAAAAUCCAAGAAAAACCAAACUGACCCGAACAUCCUCUUUUAAAUGCAGAAAAGUGGGUGUGGACAUUCAGACAACAUGGCUUCAACCAGUCACUAUUCUGCUUAAUUUCUGCUGACACUGUUAUUUCUUUAUGGAAAAACACCACAUUUUCUUAUGGAAAAUCCCCGUACCUCUUGUGGAAAAACCCAGUAUUACCUUCUGCGCUUGCGCAAAGAUUGGCGUAGGUGCAGAACUGCAUGUCGACCAGUUGCUCUUCGCCUUGCUUUGGUUUUUUUAAGAAGGUGCUCUCCCUGUGUCCUUAUCACUGGCUCUUAGAAACUCUGGCCUUCAGGCCUUCAGUUAACUCCCUUUCUUGAUGCAUAUAUCUGAUCACUCUUUGCACUGUAUUUUUAAACUUAAUGAAAGUGUUACAUAUUUAGUUAUAUGAUGUUAUGCUUAGAUUUGUGGUUACAUUUUCACACUUGACAUUAUCUGACUAUAGCAGCUUUAAUCAGCAGAUGCACCUUUCAGUCAGCUGGUGCCAAGUAGUAUGUUUCAGCAACCCUUUUACACUUGUUACCCUUUGUUUCUUACUUUUAUCAUUAUAACACUUACUAUCAGUUACCAUUAAUCACUAUUUACUGCCUGUGGUUAUUUUAUACUGACCACUAUCUACUUACUAUGGUUAUUUUACACUACACUUGUUGUAAAUUUCAUUCAGGGCGAUUUUAAGAAGUUUGUUGUUGUUUAUUUCCAGAAAAGGACAUUUUCACUUUUUAAUUGAUUGAAUCAGAGGCAGACAGAACAUCUGUGUGUGUCGCCCCAGUCACAUUUAAACCAAGGACGUUGCGAUUUCAUUGUACUGGUCCUAACCACCACACCAUUAUGAUAGAGACAUAAUGUUUUUCAAUUUUUCUCUUUCUUGAGUAUAUUUUGUAUGUUAUUCAUUCAUGUUCUUAUUUUGAGUUCAGUAGUUAACUUUUUGUUGAGUUUAAUGGUUGAUUGGGAUCAACGCACUGCAAUUUAAAUGAUUUUUUUUAAUUCAUGGGUGUCAUUAAACCCUUGAACCUUGAUUACAAGCUAUAGGUUGGAUAUGACAUGAACAUCAGGCUUUUAAAACAAAUGAUCAUAAAUUACCUUUUUGUCUUAAUGUCAAAUAAUUGUUUCUGUGUGUUCAUAUAUGCAACAUAGAGAGAACUAGAUGACUGUGAUUGUUUUGUUUUAAUCUACACUGAUUUUUGAAUGCAUAAAUGUACUUACAGGUGACAAAGGAAAACCACAAUGAAUGCAUGGAGAUACAUGACAAAUGCAGAAUCUUUCUGUCAGGACUCGGGGGGUCAUUGAAUGAUUUUAUGAGAAUGGAAAUGAUGUAAAUCAAUUUAACACCUGUAGGAGACAGUUCCAGACAUCCUUUAAAGUGUCACCAGUUUUUUUAGAUUUUGUAUGCUGUUCAAUAAAGUUCUCUUCUGAGUAAAAAUGGCA